GUCAUUUUGGAGAGCAGCUAGGACAAGUUCAAGGGUUAGUCUUUAUGUGUUAAAUGUAGUUCAUAGUAUAUUUAUUCUUGAUAAUUGUAUUGAUUAAGUUAUCUGUUGGUUGAAUGUUGUUGGUUGUUGUUAGUUUACUUUCAUAGCUGAGAUGGCAGCUAUCAAGUUCCUCUCCCAAGAUGCAUAUAACUACUUAGCUGCAAUUCCUCCCAAAUAUUGGGCUAGACAUGCCUUCCUUACUAGGUCAAAGUCAAAUUUGUUGCUUAACAACCUCUGUGAGACUUUUAACUCAGUAAUCAAGGAAGCAAGGGAUAAACCAAUCAUCACAUGCCUUGAAUGGAUAAGAAGGUAUGUGAUGAAAAGAAAUACAGAGAAAUGGGAUGGGGUUCAAAACUAUACUGGGAGGUUUAUGCCUUUUGUUGAUAAGGUUUUCAGUUGGGUGAAAGAAGAAGCUAAGCAGUGUGUGAUGGUGCCUUCCAGAGUGGGGGAGUGGGAAGUUGAUUACCAGCAUGAUAGAUUUGUAGUUAACUUAAGAGAUAGGUCUUGUUCAUGUAAUAAGUGGGAUAUGACAGGGAUUCCUUGCAUACAUGCAUAUGCUUGCAUACUCAGAAUUAGGGGGAAACCAGAGGACUAUGUGGAUCCCUUUUAUAGCAGAGAGAAAUAUAUGCAAGCAUAUGGUCCUUAUAUAAAACCUAUGCCUGGAAUGAAUCAAUGGGAAGCCACUGAAUUCCCUCAUCCAUUACCUCCACCAAUCAGAAAGAUGCCAGGCAGACCUUCUCUUAAGAAAAGAAAAAAAGAAGCUGAUGAAAAACAAGACAAGCAAAGCACUUAUGUUAAGAGGCCUAAGAGGCAGAACCAAUGUGGUAAUUGUGGUCAGUUGGGCCACUACAGGACCAAGUGCAACAACCCUCCAGCUCCUCCAAAGGAAAAAUCCAAGGGAGGUAGACCAUUUAACAUGGAUCCUUGGACAGUUGCUCAAAGGGGUAGAAAGGAGGCCAGAGUAACAAGGAAGGUUUAUGAAACUGAAUGCAUUAGUAACCCCAUGGGCAUGGAACAUCAUGGUGGCCCAAGUAGCCCAGUUCAACCAAACAUCAAGGUGGCCCAAGUAGCCCAGUCCAUCCCACCUUGGACACAAAGCAGCCAAGGAUCAAAUCAAGUACAAGGUGGACAGCAGAGGGUGAAGAAGCAGCCAAGUAAAGAGAAGCAACAAGAUGAAAAAUCCUCACAAGUUUCUGCCAAAAAGGGAGCUGUCAAGAAGCCAAAAAAAGAAAAAAUUGUAAAGGGGCCUGCUAAAAAGCCUGCUUGGCAAGUGUAAUUUGCAAAGAUUACUGAAACAAUUUAUUUUGGCUAUUUGUGCCAUUUGUUUUGGCUACUGUUGGACUAAGAACACAACUUAAUGUAAUGUAUGUUAAGAGCAAUUUUUAGCAUUAACAAUUAAAGCUUCUUAUCCUAUUGUAUUGUUGGAUUUUUUUUGAGUAAUCUAAUGUGCACAACAAUGCAAAUUCACAAUUAAAUCUUUUCACACAAACUACUACUUAGUACUUCUCAUUGAAGAAAAAGAAACCAUUACAGAUUAACCAUUCCAAGUUCACAACAGUUGAUAAAAUGCCUAGUACAACAGUUGAUUAAUCCUACCUAAUUUGCUACAUCAAACUUCUUCAUCAUAAUCCAUAGCAAAUUACAGAAAACAAAACAAACAAAUCCAUAGAAAAUGUUAAUCCUUCCACUCUCACUUCCUCUCUUCUCCCUGCUACCUGCCUUCAGU